CCUGGCGGUUCUCCGGAUCUUCUCCUACAUCAUAUUCUUCAGAGACUGCGUUCACGUUUAGAACAUUGUCUUGAACACCUUCCCCUGGAUCUGGACUUUUUAGAUUUCAUUUGCACCCAGGAACUAGUUUUUCUACAAGCUUUGUCCGGUCAAGUUGAGGUUUGCCCUGUCCUCUUAGAUGCAUUAUGUAGGUUACAUACUCUGAUAAACAGAGAAAAGGAUAAAAUGACUCUACAUAGUGCUGUCAUUCAGUUUGAGUGGGGACCUACUGGGCGACUAAGAAUGGCUCUUUCCCCCUAUCAUCUUAACAGCCUUCUGGAACUGAACUUGUCCAUCCCAGCCAUUGCUAAAAUUUUGGGAAUGUCCAGAAACACAGUAUUCCGACGCAUGAAUGAGUUCAAUCUUUCAGUCAAAGCACUCUAUAGCAGCCUGUCAGAUGAAGAGUUGGACCAAUGCAUUACAGACAUAAAAUCCAGGCAGCCUCACGCUGGAUACCGGAUGUUGAAAGCACUUCUACAGGCCAGAGGACACAGAAUCCAGUACCAAAGGGUUCGAAGUUCUAUGCACCGUGUUGACACAGCUGGUGUUGUGUCAAGGAUGGUUUCCUUGGGAUGCAUUGCUCGACGUGCUUAUUCCGUCCCAGGACCACAGUCUCUAAUGCAUAUUGACACAAACCAUAAACUGAUACGCUAUAACAUUGUGAUCUUUGGAGGUAUUGAUGGCUUUUCUCGUAAGAUUAUGUAUCUCGGUGCUGCUUCCAACAAUCUGGCAUCAACAACACUGGCAUUCUUCCAAAAAUCAGUCGAGAAGUUUGGUUUUCCUCUCAGGGUUCGUGGCGACCACGGAGGGGAAAAUGUGGAGGUUGCACGGCUGAUGUUUACUGUUCGUGGCACAGGAAGAGGCAGUUUUAUUUCAGGAAAGAGUGUGCACAAUCAAAGAAUAGAGCGACUGUGGAGAGACCUCUGGGUGGCCGUUACAAGCAUCUACUACGAUGUUCUUCACAACCUUGAGGAAGAGGGCCUUCUGGACAUUUCAAAUGCUGCACACCUCUUUUGCUGCCAUUAUGUCUUUCUUCCUCGACUGGAGGAUGAUUUGAAUACAUUUUGCAGUGGAUGGGACAACCAUCCACUGCGAACAGAAAACAACAUGAGUCCCAACCAGCUGUGGGAGUUGGGUCACAGAUAUCACCCUGUUCCUUUUCCAGAAAACACACAGGAACAGGGCUUCCAGAUUCCAGACAUUGACUGGGAGGACAGUGGCCUAGCGUGCCAUAACCAUUCAAGCAUUGUUGUUCCGAACACUGACUGCCCAUUGACAGAAGAACAAAUGACAACUUUACAGGGCGUUGUUAAUCCAAGAGCGGCAUCCCAGUCCUUUGGUGCUGACGUCUACAUCAUGGCUGUUCAGUUUUGUCAGCAAUUCAUUUAGGAUAGAAAAGCUACAUACAGUUGCAGGAAAAACUUCUUGAAAUGUAAUCUGAUCUUGAUCACAGUGUGCUUAAACUAAACCAACUGAAAGAAUUUCCAUG